GUAACGGUUACAACGGCCAGUAGAAUACGACGUCAAAUAAUUUUUUUUAGUGCUUGUUUUAGACAUUUGUGAAUAAUUUUAACAAUAUUUCUAGAUAUAACUGUGAUGCUUUAUAGAUGUUAGGCUCAUGUGCAUAUAAAUGAUUACCUUACAAGGGAUUGAAUGAUAGGUUUUUGUUAGGGAAAGUUACGUUUUUUUUCAUUACAUGAUUUUAAAAUAGUUUUUUUUAUUUUUGCAGUUACAAAGCAGUAUGUUUUCUGGGCAACGCAAUGCUGCAUUGGAGACUCAGGAACGUGUAACAUGGGUAGCCCCUGACGACGCUGAAUCAAGUGAUAUCGACGUGAGCCCUUUGGACAUUGACAGUGAUGAUGACGACCCUACCUACGUUCCUGACGAAGGCCUUACUCAGGACGGUGCCUUUGACCUUCCUAACUCUAGAGAUCACAAGGUCAAUGUUGUCCCUCAAGCGAUGCCUAUGGAAGAGGAACCUGAGCCUAACCCUAAGAGGUCUCGUGCUGAUGAAUGGAAGAAGGAAAACAUUGAUAUCCAUGCCCUGCCCGACUACAUUCAUCAGAAGCCUGGUGCCAGGAAUUCUCUUGGCACCAGAGAUUUUGCUUUGCCAAGAAGGGGCCAACAGGCAGUUUUGCAAAAUAUUGAGACACGCCAGAAUGCCACUGCCCUACACAUGCCAAAGCGUGUCACCAUGAGGCAGACCUGCAAGUUCUGUUCUGGUGCAGGCCACAUCCACAGUUCCCGCUGGAAGUGUGAGGAUUGCAAUGUUGCCCUUUGCCUUACUGAAGAAAGGAAUUGUUUUGCUUUGUUCCAUAAGAUUUCUAAGUAAGUUGUUUGUUAUGAUAGUUGUUUAUAGUGUUUUGUGUAUUUUUUUACUAUUUUUGUAUUAGAGUUUUUGAUUAGAGUUUUUUAUAGAGUUUUCUGUAUUUUUAUACUAUUUUUGUAUCUAAUGUAUAUUUAUUUUUUAUAUUAAUUAAAUUGUAAAGCC